AGAGUUCCUUUGUUUUUCAGUUUAAUUUCAGUGUAACAGUGAACCUAGUGAAGUCAACAUGAACGCUCUUGUUGCCACCAACCGUAACUUCCUACGUGCCUCUCGAAUUCUCGGUUUGGAUUCCAAACUUGAGAAUAGCCUUCUCAUUCCCUUCAGAGAAAUCAAAGUUGAAUGUACGAUCCCGAAAGAUGAUGGAAGUUUGGUUUCCUAUGUUGGUUUCAGAAUUCAACAUGACAAUGCUCGUGGACCUAUGAAAGGAGGAAUUCGUUAUCAUCCUGAGGUUGAUCCUGAUGAAGUGAAUGCUCUAGCACAGCUAAUGACAUGGAAGACAGCUGUGGUAGAUCUUCCCUAUGGAGGAGCAAAGGGUGGAAUCGGCUGCAACCCGAAGGACCUGAGCCUCAGCGAGCUGGAACGGCUCACGCGUGUUUUCACUCAAAAGAUUCAUGAUCUCAUUGGCACUCAGAGAGAUGUUCCUGCUCCUGAUAUGGGAACUAAUUCACAGACAAUGGCUUGGAUUCUUGACGAGUAUUCAAAGUUUCAUGGUCAUUCACCAGCAGUUGUAACUGGCAAGCCUAUUGAUCUUGGAGGUUCAUUGGGAAGAGAGGCUGCAACAGGAGUAGGAGUGGUUUUUGCAACAGAGGCUUUAUUUGCUGAAUAUGGAAAGUCAAUUUCUGACAUGACAUUUGCCAUCCAGGGGUUUGGAAAUGUGGGCUCUUGGGCUGCAAAGUCAAUAUUUGAGAGAGGGGGUAAGGUGGUUGCAGUGAGUGAUAUCAGUGGUGCUAUUAAAAACCCAAAUGGGAUUGAUAUUGCUGCUCUUCUAAAACACAAGGAAGCCAAUGGAAGUUUGAAUGAUUUCUCAGGAGGAGAUGUUAUGGAUCCAAAUGAAUUGCUUGUUCAUGAAUGUGAUGUUCUCAUCCCAUGUGCUUUGGGAGGUGUUCUCAACAAGGAAAAUGCUAAUGAUGUGAAAGCAAAAUUUAUUAUAGAAGCUGCAAAUCAUCCAACUGAUCCAGAUGCUGAUGAGAUACUGUCUAAGAAAGGAGUGAUUAUAUUACCUGACAUUUAUGCCAAUGCUGGUGGAGUGACAGUAAGUUACUUUGAGUGGGUUCAGAAUAUUCAAGGAUUUAUGUGGGAUGAAGAGAAAGUGAACCGUGAGCUAAAAAAGUACAUGACCAAAGCUUUCUUGAACAUAAAGGCAACAUGUAAAAUUCACAAUUGUGACCUGCGAAUGGGAGCUUUCACUCUUGGACUCAACCGUGUUGCUCGUGCUACACUUUUGAGGGGUUGGGAAGCUUAGGGAAACACAAGCAACACUACUUGUUAUAAAUGCAUGUUUGGUUUCGUGGUGAGACUAGCAAAAUUACGGUGAACCACUGUGAUUUUGCAUAAGUCAAGUUAUCCCCUGUAAUUUUUGCGAAAUCACGAUGGUUCAUCGUAAUUUUGUCAAUUUUACUAUAAAACUAAAUAUGCACUAGAUUUAUAGCUAGUUUUUUGUUUUGCUAUUUAUUUAUUAUCUUAGUUUAGUUUAGUGUUGAGAAUAAACAUAGUUAUAUGGAAAACUAUCAUUCAUUUUUUACUGAGAUAACAUAUGAUGUUAUGUUACAGCUAAAUAUGUUUCUUUAUC